GCAAGCCCCGGAGAACUUCAAAAACCUCCAGGAAAGCUCUGAGGUUAGGGAGACCAGUGCAGCCAAAGAAGACAUGAGGAGUCUGCUGGCACUGCUGAUCGUGACUCUGGCCCUGGCAGCACUCUGCUGCUGUGAGAAAGAUGCCAAAGAACCCUCAGGAUCUCUCAGUGCUGACAGCAUCAAGAUCAAAAAAGAAGUUGCCAAUGCCUUUGUGAAGAGGAAGAAGAGAUCCAGCCCUUACGAAUGGUACUUCGAGUAUUACAAAAGUCCGCUGGAGCAGAUGCAUGAGCGCUGUGAGAACUACCCCCCCUGUGACUACCUCUCUGACCAAGUAGGGUUUGCCCUGGCCUACAACCGCUUCUUUGGGAGAUACUGAGCAUGGGAAGGUCUCUCUACUCCUUUGGCUUGGAAUACUCGUUGUGGUUGGGAAGGAGGGAAGGAAAACAUCUGGACUGGCAUCUCCUUCUGUUGUCUCCCUAACCAGCUGGAACAGCAAGGCAGGGAUUAUCCCACUUGUUGAGUUUCCAUUAACUUUCUUCCUUUCAUCAAUAAAAAUUCUCUUCAGACAUCUUUUGUGGUAUUUUGAGCUUCACCAGAAGACUGUCUAAAUUCCUUCCAUCUGAAUCCCCAGCACACAAUAAGUGAGAAAUGGUGAUUAGUUUCAAGAAAACCACUGCAUGCCUUAGAAAUAUCACUAGAUCUCUUAUCCUCUUCUGCAAAACACAGGAGGCUUAUCGAAGACGAUUAUCACAAUGUGUGUAAAUGUGGUGGAUCUGAUCCUGGGAUGUGAAGAAGGAAGAACACCUGUCUCCUGUUCCAAUUAGUGGGAAAGUUCAGUAUUUUCAUGUAGUAUAAUCACAUUAAAUAUGCAUCACAGUAAGAUAAUUUUGUAAAGAUAGAAGUGUGCAAAUACUCUUGCAUAGAUAGCAAUCAGCUUCUGGUACACUCUUCUGAUUACUCUGUCAUAAAGUUUGCCUGUAUAGCAACAAUAAAUAAAACCCAAGAGGUGUGUUUAAGAA